GAACGCGCCCACUGUCAUUUGUUUCGGGCUUCUGUCAUAUGUUGUAUUAUCUGUUCUGUGUAUAAUAUUAAUAUACACGGAUUAUACAACAUUUGACAGAAGCCAGAAGCUCGAAACAAAUGACUGUGAAUGAAAGCCCUACGGAUUAUGGAUUAUGGAUGAAAUAAUUGAUUAAUAAUAAUUAUGAUUAUGAUGGGAUUUGUUUUGUGUUUGGAUUGUUGAAAGUUGAAAUAAUAUAUAGUUGCAGUUGAACUGAAAAUUGAAGUUUAUUGAAUUGAAUAAUACAGCUGUCCUAGUAUUAUAUGUGGCCUAGGCGUCGUAGGCUCUAAUGUGAACAGUUUGUGUUUGUAAACUCAAAAGGUUUCCUUUUAAAAUUUUACAGAUUUCGUAUUUUAAGUUUACAAAUGGAAGUUAAAGAAGAGUUCAAUGAAGAGAAGUGUAAAUUUGAAAUAGGUAGUAAUGUAAAUGAUGUCCUUUUGGAUAGCAUUAAAUGUGAAAUUAAGGAUGAAUCUCAUGGUACAUUUGAUUCUGUAGACUUUAAGAAAAUAUCCAUAAAGAAUGAAAUGGAAGAAGAUGCUGAAAAACAAAGAAAUGAAAGAGGUUUUUCCCAAGAGAAAAACACAUUGGAUGUGGAAACAACAGAUGUACAUUCAUGUAAUAAAGAACAAAGUAUGAGUCAAUCUGAAGAGAAAACAUUAACUGAAAAUAUGAAAAUUCACUCUGGGGGAAAAACUCACAACUGUGAAAUUUGUUUUAAGCAGUUUAGAUACGCUAGUGCUUUGAAAGCACAUUCGAGAGUGCACACUGGGGAGAAACCUCACAAGUGUGACAUUUGUUUUAAGCAGUUUUCCCGAACAACUCAUUUAAAACAACAUUUGAUAACUCACUCUGGGGAAACUCCAUACAAAUGUGAAAUUUGUUUUAAGCCGUUUGCCCACUCCAGUACUUUGAAACAACAUAUGAGAGUACACACUGGGGAAAAACCUCACAAGUGUGACAUUUGUUUUAAGCAGUUUUCCCGAACAACUAUUUUAAAACAACAUUUGAUAACGCACACUAGGGAAAGUCCUUACAAAUGUGAAAUUUGUUUGAAGACAUUUGCUCGGGCAGAUACUUUAAAACAUCAUUUAAAUAUUCACUCUGGAGAAAAACCUUACAAGUGCGAAAUCUGUUUAGUGCAGUGUUCUCAGCGAGCCACUUUGAAAAAUCAUAUGAAAAUUCACACUGGAGAUAGACCUUACUGCGAAAUUUGUCUUAAGCCGUUUGCUCAUAAAAUUUCUUUAGCAGAACAUAUGUACGUCCACACUGGUGAAAGACCUCACAAGUGUGAAAUUUGUUUUAAACGGUUUAGUCAAGCAGGUUCUUUGAAAACACAUUUGAGAGUGCACACUGGUGAAAAACCGUACCAGUGUAAAAUUUGUUUUAAACAAUUUAAGAGUCCUUUACAUGAUCACAUAAAACUUCACGCUGGACAUACACCGCUUCAGACUGGACCGCAUAAGUGUGAACUUUGUUGUAAAGAAUUUGUCCGUAAGAGUGCUUUAAAUCAACACUUGAAACUUCAUACUGGAGAAAAACCGUACAAGUGUGAAAUUUGUCUUAAUCAGUUUACUCAGAAAAAUACGUUAAAUCAACACAUGAAAGUUCACACUAGAGAACAACCUUAUAAGUGUGAAGUUUGUUUUAAACUGUUUUCUCACCCGAGUGCUUUGAAACAACAUUUGAGAUUACAUACUGGAGAAAAACCAUAUAAGUGUGAAAUUUGUUGCAGGCAGUUUUCCCAGUCUGGUAGUUUAAAACAACAUAUGAAAGUUCACACUGGAGAAAAACCUUAUAAGUGUGAGUUUUGUUGUAAGCUGUUUGCUCAGUCAGGUACUUUGAAACAACAUAUAAGAUUGCACACUGGUGAAAAACCUUACAAGUGUGAAAUAUGUUUCAAUAUGUUUUCUUGCAACGAUUAUUUGACUAAGCAUUUGAAAAAAGCACACAGGGGGUAAAACCUGAAAAUUUGUGUUAACCCAUUAUGGGCCAGCGUCCUAUUUAUAGAAUACUGAAAAUUGUAACUUUUUCAACCAUUAAAAUUUGUUAAAUUGUAAGAAAAAUUUACCCUGUAUAUUUUAUGAUGUAGUAAACUGAUUAAUACAUUUUGUUUGAUUAUAUUACAAACACCCAUUUAGUAAAAAACUAUAAACAAUGGACAAAUUUCUUGAUUUUGUCUAGAUUUACACAUUUGAUAAUAAAAAUUUCAUUUCGGCA